UAUCUCACCUGUUUAUUUGUGUGUAACCUAUGUGCAGACAGGGGAACCACUUAUACAAAGAAAACGUAAUUAACGCGGUAAAAAUAGAUUUCAUUUGGAUAGCUGGAGAAAUAAGAACAGUUCUAAAAUUUAUCCGCACGAUCUGUUAAUUAAUGGAAACAUAUGGAGAUUAUAUUUAAAAUGUGUUCUUAAAUCAACGUGUUUACCUGACUAAGUUCAAAAGAAUGUAUAUGUUUGUAAAUAACGUGAAUGGGGCGAAUGUCUACAGGUAAACAGGUACACAUUUAACAUGGUGGUGAACUUACACAUUUCUAUCGCUGUUGUACUUUUAAUAUGUUGUGUGGACGAUAUUGUAUGCUGGUCUUCGGGAUAUUACAUAGACAAUGGCGUGGAUCAGACGGAAAAAUUACAUGAAAUUAACCCGAGGAGUAAGCGAGAACUCCAACAAGAAAUCUUGACACUGCUUGGACUACACCAUAGACCAAAACCAAAGGUUCAUACUAAUGACUAUUCGGCACCUCGUUUCAUGUUGGAUUUGUACAAUACUAUUGCGGGUGCUGAUGGAAUUUUAUUAGAUGACACGCCAUCAUUCAGAAUAUCAGGGAAUAUAUCUAUUGGGGAUAUUAUAGAACCGAUCCAAGGAGCAGACGUUAUCAUGAGUUUUGUUAAUCGUGCAAAAAAAGUCCCACAUCUACGCCACGAGAAAGACCGGACGUUUUUCUUUGAUUUUAGUGAAGUGACAGUGGAAGAAAAGGUAGUGAAAGCUGAACUUAGGAUUUUUAAAGAUAAAGCUAAAAAGUGGAAAAGUAAUGAUUUUCAGAUUCAGAUAUACUUGAUAAAACAAGGACCGGAUCCCGAGGACAAAUAUCUAGAAUCAGUUGGAAACGUAACAACAAAAGCAGACCAUGUAGGUUGGUUGACCCUUGAUUUGACCAAAGCGGCUGAACUUUGGACUCAAUAUCCGACAGCAAAUCUUGGUCUUUAUAUGAAAAUUAAAUUCAUUAGAAAAGGUUCAGAAGUAGAUCCGGACAAAUUUGGAAUCGUUGGGCAUAGAGGUGCGAAAAAUAGGCAACCCUUUUUAACUGGAUUCUUCAAAGCAUCACAAAAAGUGAACCUAAGAAAAACACGUGCUGCUGAACGAUAUAAACGACAAGCUAUGCAAGAUAUGAGUGCAGAUCAACCGGAAACACCUGCAUACAGAUACGCAAGAUAUCCACGACGGAUACGACGGUGGCCCUGUCAAAGGAAACAAAUGUUUGUAAAAUUUAAAGAUUUAGGUUGGCAGAGUUGGAUAAUUGCACCGGAUGGGUUCCAAGCUUUUUACUGCGAAGGGGAAUGUCAGUUUCCUUUGGCAGCACACAUGAACGCCACUAACCAUGCUAUAGUACAGACACUUGUUCAUUUAAUGAACCCUAAACAAGCACCAAGUCCGGGGUGUGCUCCUACUAAAUUAGGAGCACAGUCUGUUUUGUACUUUGAUGACAAUUUGAAUGUUGUUUUACAGAAGUUUCCAAUGAUGAUCGUUAAGUCAUGUGGUUGUCAUUAAGUGCCUAGUGUUCUUUCAAAGUUAAGUACCUCUAAAAUGUGGUCUGCUAUUAAAAUCAAAAUGACAUAACUUCAUUUCAUAAUUUGUCUUCCAUAAAGGUGUACUUGAUUCGAACAAACAUUCUGUUGAUGCAGAUUAAAGUUUGUGUAUAGGUCAAAGGUUACCGUAUUGUUAAGAUCACAUUUUAAGCAGUAAUGUACUUAUUUUGUUUUUUUGUGUAAAAAUCAAUAGAAUAACACGAGUUCCAGAAGACAUGAUUGAAAAUUUUAAAAUCCAAAUUAACGAACACCCUUUAUCUUUAAAACUUACAUCUGCUAAAAUGAAACACAUGUUUAACAUGCUGAUUUACAUAUGUUAGUUAUUUUAAGUUACACUUGGCAUUUCACUGGAAUAUGUAAUGUACAUGUCUACAUGUGUUUUAUGUUUAAAUCAAGUGCAGAUUUUAUGAUCAUAUAUUGAGCAGUUCAUAGGUUGUGAAAUUAUUUAUUAUUCUUUUUAUGUAAUUAGCAUCUAUAUUUUGUAUUUCAUGCAUGGCCAGGCCUGUGAACAACGAAUUAAUUUUAUAUGUAAUUUAAUUUUAUGUUCUUCGUUUUAUAGCUUUUACUUUAAGUUUAUUUUUCCUAAUGUAGAAUGAUCGUAUUUGUUCUUAGAGAGCGCUGCCAAACAUUGAAGUGACAAUUUCUAAGCAACAUGGUCGACCUUGUCUCAAGUAGGGUUAUAAUAAGAAUGUAACGUAAACUACUGUUAAACAUAGACGAAUGUCGCCUGAAUAGAAUGGGAAUGUAAUGGUAAUGCGCGCAAAUGUAAUGCGCCUAGUCAUUAGCUUUAGUUGACAUUAGUGUUACUGUCGCGUCAACUGCUGUUAACUUUGUAUUCUUAGUAUUAGUUAAAACCAAUGAAAAUAAACCAUCGGCUAAUUUUAUUGUCUCGCUUUCGACGAAAGUCGAAGAAUGCAAGACAUUGGUAUUACAAUCCGGUAGCGGAGGCGUUGGCGACGGCGUAAACUAUUUGUAUAAAGCUUUAUAUUUCAGAAGGUAGAAGACGUGGAUGCUUCAUACCUUGUAUGUAUAUACCUUAUGUUACAAAGUUUCCGCCUGUUAAAUGUCCAGUGUACUUGACCUCAUUUUUUUUUUAUCAGUGAUUGCUUGAAAAAAACUACAUUUUUUUGUCAAGAGAAAUACUAACUUAUUAAGAGCAAUAUGAUAACUAUAUUUAGUAUAUGGGUUCCUUGCAAUGUCUACAUGUCAGUCAGACAGGGUUCACCUGACCUCAACCUCAUUUUGUGGAUCAGUGAUCAAGAUUAAAGUUACGUGGUCAAGUUCGUAUCUCAGAUACUAUAAGGAAUAGGUCAACUAUAUUUGUUGUAUGGAAUGAUUGUAAAGUGUACAUGUCUGACUGGCAGGUUUCUUUUGACCUUGACUUCAAUGUCAUGGUUCAUUCGACACGUUUAGUUUUUGUGGUUUAGUCUAUUUCUCAGAUACUUUAAGCAAUAGGGCAACUAUAAUUGGUGUAUGGAAUGAUUGUAAGAUGUACAUGUCCAACUGGCUGGUUUCACUUGACCUCAUUUUCAUGGUUUAUUGGCCAAUAAUAUUUUUUUUGUGAUUUUGUCAAUCUAUCAGAUACUAUGAGCAAUAGGUCAAUUAAAUUAGUGUAUGGAAUAUUGUAAGGUGUACAUGUCUGUCUGGCAGGGUUCAUACAACCUUGACCUCAUUUUCAUGGUUAGUUGGUCAAUAAAAUGUUUUUGUGGUAUUGUCAGUUUAUCAGAUACUAUAAGAAAUAGGUCAACUAUAUGUAUGUGUUGUAUGGUAUGAUUGUAAGGUGUACAUGUAUGCAUAGCAGGGUUCAUAUAACCUUGACCUCACAUCAUGGUUCAUUGGUCAAUAUUAUGAAUUUGUAGUUUGAUCUAUUUCUCCGGUACUAUGAGCGAUAUGACCACUGUAUUUGGUGUAUGGAAUGAUUGGAAGGUGUACAUGUCUGUCUGGCAUGGUUCAGCUCGUGACCUCAUUUUCUUAGAACAUUGAUAAUGUUAUGUUUAUGUGAUAUUUUCAUAUAAUAGUAACAACUUCAUAUUACAGACUUUCGACAAAAAUUAAAUCAUAAGUAAAGCAGGCGACUCAUUUCAGCGUGCGCAUUCUUGUUUGAAGAAAGCACCAAUAAUUUAUAGGUUGGUGCGAAUUCAAAACUAACGCGUUAAAUAAAAAGCUGUUUUCAGUGCUGCGUAUUGGGAUUGAAAACAGUAUUGUAAUAUUUACUUGUUUUUGUAAAAUUUCUCGUCGCAAGACGUAUCUAACGAUGUUAUUCGAAGGACAAUAUAAAUUGCUUCUUCUCGCAGAAUGUUGGUUUUGGUUAAAGAUGUUUAUUAUACACUUUUUCGAUGACUUCUCAUUACAAGAUUGACCAAUAUCUGCCAUAAUUGCAGUUGUUUGGCCAUCUUUGGGUAUUUUUAAUGAGGUCACAAAUGUCAUGUUCGAAAAUACACCAAAAUGUGACACUUGUUAAAACCUUGAAGUGCAUAUUGCAAUUGAUGAUACUGUGAAUUUGAGAAUAGAUUAGUUGAACGACUUUUAGAAAAUGGCCCUUGGUGUAAAAAUACAGCCAGGGAAAUUGAUUCUUCCUCUUUGUUUGUUUGUAAUCGAAUUUUGCAAAACGCAAUAGUUUUAUUUAAAGAAAUAAAAGUGCUCAAAGAUAUUUAUCCUUGUCAACAAUCUUUCAAAUGUUUUUAAAAAGAUUACGUAAAAAAACUGGAUAAUUGUUUUUCUUUUAAUUAAAAGAUGCUGCGAUUACAUUAGCUGCCGCAUUGGUUUUUGGUUCCCGCGCUGAAUUAAUAUUUACGAUUUAAAUCAUAUUAUGCCAGCAACUGAUACUGUAUGUUAAAUUAUAAGCUUUGUUUUUGUAAUGUUUUAUGUAAAUCUAAAACAAUCUGGUAUAGGAAGUACAUGCUUAGAUAUCAAUAUCAAUUUAUAUACAUGUCAUCACGAUGAACCCAUAUAUACGUUUAAACAUGACGCAUUACAUCCGGGUAUUUGGUUUAUAUUUUAUAUUUUUAAUGUAUUAUUGUUAUUUUCUUCUGCCUCAUAUUUGUGUUCAACUUUUUGUUAAAUUGUAAAUAUACUGAAUAACAUUACACCUGACUGACACAAUAGGGGCCAAUAUGUCCGCAGUUACUGACAUCUAAGUCUUUUGGUCUCUGGUGGUUAGUUGUCUCAUUGGCAAUCAUACCACAUCUCCUUAUUUUCUAAAGAAAUAAAAGCUGAUUUACCGCAGCUGCACAUGGACUAUCAACUUCUCGCAGGGGGCGGAUCCAUGUUUUAUUAAAGGGGCAUAAUUGAAAAAAAAAAUAAUAUAAACUGGCGAGAGGAGCGAGGCGAAAAAAAAAUUGACCACUUUAUGCUAAUAAAUUAUAUAUUUUCCAUUCAAAGCAGGGGUGCAACAGACAUACAAGGGUAACAUCACAUGUUUUUCGCCUCUUUUUACAUACAUUCAAUAUAUUUGUAGACCUAAUUCACAAAUUUUUUUUUUACAUACAUUCAAUAUAUUUGUAGACCUAAUUCACAAAUUUUUAAUUGACUGAAUCUCUGGAAGUAUGAAAGCUACAUAUAUAAUGUUUUUCGAUACUCAGAUGAAUUUCUAAAUGCGUAUAUACAAUUUUUCAUCAAAAUCUAAAGUAUCGUCCAAUUACGUAUACUUGGCCUUAAACUGAAAUCUACAUUUUGCGAUUGUAUUCAAUUUGUCUUAUAAAAUCUACAAUUGAAUUGAAUUAAUAUUUACGAUUCAAAUCAUAUAAUGUCAGUAAUUGAUACAUUUGAUGUUCAACGAGUUCUAAAUGCAAACAAAAUGCGAAAUAUCGCCCAUUACAUAUACUUGGCCUUAAACUGAAAUCUACCUUUUAUUAUUCGUCUUAUGAUAUUGAUUGACAGAUGAUUCAUGGAGCACGAUUUCAUUUCAAUCUAUAUUAAUUCAGUUUUACAUUGAUUACAUACCACAAAGAGUACAAUCCAAAGAUCUGUUUUCAUAUACUGAACUUUCAAUUAUAAUGGUAUUUUUGAACGUAUUGUAUUUAAUAAGUAGUGCCAUACAAACUAUUGAACUCUCCACAUACAACAAUUGGGGAAUGUUUUUCUUUUCUAUGCAGGGUGGAUCUAGGAUUUAUUUAAAGGGGGCGUAGUUCCCUUAAAUUAUAGAAAAACUGCCGAGGGUAGCGAGGCGUAAUUCUUUUGGGACGAUUUGAUAGUAAAGUAUGAUAUAUUUUCCGACAAAAGGGAUACGCCCUCUACGCCCCCUCUGAAUCCGUCACUGAAAUGAAUAGUAUGUUUAUAUAAGCACAUUUGUUAAAAUUUUGUUAUGCACUAUUUUCUGUUCGUAUAUAUACAAACGUUUACUUAAAACAAUUUAAAUAAACUGUUUGAAUUUCUA